AUGAAGCCUAUCCUAAGAACCGGAACCAAUGAUGGAAUUGUGCAAACGAGGAUACCUUUCUACAACACGCUGGAGUCUCCGGUGACGAAUGUAUCGAAGAUGAUCACUGCAACCGCCCCCCAUAGUGCACCAUUGCCGAAGCCGAUAUUGAAAAAUGCGAGUUUCAACCAUGAACCGGAUCGGGUGCCACUCACAGUCGACGAGCUCGUCCGAAGCCGUGCGUCUCUUGGUUCAGAACAACCGGUGAUAUGCUAUCCAAGGACUGGCAUUGAAUAUGUGGACUACCCUUUGCGCCAACUAGACAUCUUUGCCUUUCGGGUCGCUGGAGCCAUAGCUGCUAAGGUCCCGCCUCGUGCUUCCUCGAGGGAGACUCCAACGGUUGUUUCGCUGUUGGGAACCUCCGAUCUCAGCUACCUUGUCAUGCUCCUCGCUGUGGCGAAGCUAGGACACACCGGACUACUUCUCUCAACCCGGAUCUCUAUCGAAGCGUAUGUGUCAUUGUUAGAAAGAACGAACUCGCGCCAUAUUUUCAUCCAUGAAUCUUUCAAAGCCACGGCUGAGGAGCUCAAGCAACGGCUCCCAGAUCUGCAAGUUGAGGUGAUUCCAGUACAGGAAUCCUUCGAUUCCCCGAUCCCAGAGAAGGCUGUUGAUACGAACAUGGUCCCUUGGUUAGACCCUGUGGCCGAAUCCAAACACCUGGCGUGGAUCAUUCACUCCAGUGGCUCAACUGGCCUCCCGAAGCCAAUCUACCAGACUCAAGCAGCUGCCGUCAGGAAUUAUUCCGGUCAUAUGAAUAUGUCCGGAUUCAUCACUUUACCACUGUACCAUAAUCAUGGAAUCAGUGUACUUUUCCGAACAAUCUACUCAUCAAAGAGACUCUAUCUCUAUAAUGCGGAGCUUCCGCUCACCAGACAACACUUGCUUGAUAUCAUGCAAGCACAUCCUCUCGAAAUCUUCUACGGCGUACCGUAUGCCUUGAAAUUGCUCGCUGAGACAGAAGAAGGUAUUGCUGCUCUUGCACAGUUCAGGGCGGUUAUGUUCGGGGGAUCUGCGUGCCCAGACUCGCUGGGAAAUCUGCUCGUCGAGAACGACGUCAAUCUUAUAAGUCACUACGGAUCGACGGAAACUGGUCAACUGAUGACCUCCUUCAGGCCGAAGGAGGAUAAGGAAUGGGAUUACCUGAGGCCUUCAGAGGUAGUAAAAAAAUAUCUGCGAUUCGAAGAACGCUACCCGGGGAUUUUUGAACUGGUUUGCCUCGAUGGCUGGCCUUCGAAGGUCAUCUCUAAUCGACCAGAUGGGUCCUAUGCCACCAAGGAUUUGUUUGUGAAGCACCCGACCCUGGAAGCGUAUAAGUAUUACGCUCGGCUAGAUGACACUAUUGUCCUCGUCAAUGGAGAAAAAGUUAACCCCCUCGAUAUGGAAGGAAGAGUCAGACAACUCAAUACAAUCUCCGAGGCUAUUGUUUUUGGAGCAGGCAAGGCCAGCAUCGGGUUGGCGGUUGUCCGUGCGCCAGGAACUGCCUCCAUGUCUGAUCAGGAACUUAUUGAGAGUAUCUGGCCCGCCGUCGAGAAGGCGCAUGAGGCAAUGCCAGCGUACGGACAGCUCUCAAAAAGUAUGGUCCGCGUGCUACCAGAAGAUACACCCUACCCGCGCACGGACAAGGGAACUAUUAUCCGACAAAGAUUCUACAAAGAAUUCAGUAAUCUGAUCGAAGAAGCAUAUGAGGCGGAGAAUGCCAUGAGUGGAUCGCUUGUCCUAUCCGAAACAGAGCUCAAGGCCUUCAUCAAGGAUCAAUUACGUGACAUCCUUGCGCAUAGAAAGGAAGAUGAACUGAUGGAAGAUGCCGACUUCUUUGCCCUUGGGAUGGACUCCCUCCAGGCUACCCAGCUUCGAUCUAUCCUGAUGAAGACCCUCAAUACUAACGGCCAAAAGCUUGGCCUGAAUGUGGCGUUUGAGCAUCCUACAAUCAGGUCUUUGGCUCGCUAUCUUGAUUCCCUUAACUCAGGAGCUACAACAGAGGUCCAGUCCGUGGAAGACCAAAUGGCCGGAUUGAUAUCGAAGUAUAGCGACUUCCAGCAACACGUUCCAAUGUCGAAUGGCUUAGACGGAAGAUACAUUGUUAUCACAGGCGCUACAGGUUCAUUAGGAGCUCAUGUAGUCAGAAAGCUUUCCGUCCGUCCAGAGGUGCAGAAGAUUUACUGUCUUGUCCGUGCCGGCUCACCAAUCGAAGCCUACAGUCGCGUACUCCAAUCCAUGCGCGGUCGCCGCGUGUUUGAUGGCCUUACGGACGCCGCUAAGCAGAAAAUCGUUGCUCUUCCAUCCGAUCUUUCGCUGUCUACUUUGGGCCUGGAUGCUAUAAAUUAUAACACGUUGACCUCGGAGAUCACGGACGUCAUCCACUGCGCCUGGUCUGUGAACUUCAACAUGCACCUCAGCAGCUUUGAAAAGGACAACGUCGGAGGUCUCAAGCAUCUCCUAGAUCUAUGUCUCAAGGCCCAACGACCAGCCCCAGCUUCAUUCAACUUCUGUUCCUCGAUCAGCUCGGUGGUGAGCACAGCCGAAGAUGACAUUCUCGAGGCACUCCCCAAGAAGCUCUCAUAUGCCCAAAACAUGGGUUACGCCCAAUCAAAGCUCGUAAGCGAACACAUAUGCAUAAACGCCGCACAACAAGCGGGCAUUUGUGCGAGAGUACUCCGAAUAGGCCAGGUGAUUGGCGACCAAGACCAUGGUGUCUGGAACGCAACAGAGGCCAUUCCCCUCAUGUUACAAGCCGCAACAACUAUCGGGGCACUCCCGAAACUCAACGAGUCACCUCUGUGGCUCCCGGUGGACACUGUUGCGGGCACAGUCAUCGACAUUUCCCUCUCCAGCACGGCGGUCUCCAAGCUCGACUCAGAGCUUGUCUUCAACAUCGUCAGCCACCAUCCGUUCCACUGGACAAAGGACCUCCUCCCCUAUGUUCGCAAUGCAGGUCUUGAGUUCGAGGAGCUGGAGCAACGGGACUGGAUCCAUCGUUUGAGAACCUCGAACCCGGAUCCUGUCGCCAACCCACCUAUCAAGCUUUGCGAUGAAGCUCGGCCACAAUGUGUCCGAUGUGCUCGUGCAGGGGCUAUGUGCUGGUUCCAACAGAUGCCGCUACGGUUUCGCUCCGUGUAUACGAAUAAAAGAAUAGGGUCGAGCGACUCGGAGGAUAAUCGGUUGGGAUAUAAUGGGGUCUCUAUAACAGUACCCUCUAAGCCUGGACGACAUAGUGUUUGGCAGGGGCUAUAUGGUUGCAGCCCCGAUACACCCGCAGACGACUGCUCGGCUUCAUAUACCAUCCUGGAGCCUGCCUCGCCGUCAAAUGAGAAGAAACAACUAUCCUUACAGGACAACCCUGUAGACAUGACUACUGAACAACUAUAUAUAUCCUACUUUACACAAGAACUGAUGAGCAUGUUGCCGGAAAGCGUCCGAGCGGUUGCCUCUAGAAUGACAGAACCGUCCGGUGUUCGUGAGGCUGCCAUCGCCCUUUCCGCUGCCCGAUUGGCUUCCAUUGAAAGCGAACCGCAACUGCCACCGCUACGGAGACCUCGUUUACAGCAUUUUCCCGAAGCGCUUAGUCGCUUUAUCGCCGCGGUCCAGCAGAUCCGAUCACAUCCUACGGAUAUAGAAAAUGUGCUCGCCGCAGUCAUACACCUGGUUCUCUUCGAGUUAGAAGUAGGGACACUCUGGGGGGGUCUGUUGCCAUGUUGCCGGACUCGAGAACUUGCUCAUACUGCACCAGGGUAUCUUGAUAGAGUCACACUAUGGUCGAGCUCUUUUGCGGGCUGCGUUUUUCUCAGGAUACGAACUCUAUUUUUGCUCGGUCCGCUCUCGUCGUUCGGUACUGAAUCUGCGACAGGGAGGUAUCUUCAGAGACUUGUCGAUGAAAUAGCUCAGCCGCGAGAGAUCAUAUAUAUCAACAUGACCAGAGCUGUAUCCAUAACGACGCGUCUCAUUCUGGCGUAUUGCAUGCAGCAUGAUCAUAAGACCUGGCACAUUGUGGCUGGCAAGGUCUAUAGUCGAUUUCAAGAUAUCUCUAUGCAGCCAGCGGUUAUUUCCAUAUUACCACAAAAGGCUGAAGGAGAAGAUAUCUAUCUAUGCUUGAAAGAGUUAGAAGAGCGGAAUAGGGCCGUUAUCUUCCAUUCCGGCUAUGAGCCGCUCAACACGACGCUUCCGAAACCAAGAGAGUCAAGCCCCAACAAGAUGCACUCUUUUCUCAAUAUCCCCAACGUAAACCCAAUCAGAUUCGAUCAAUGUGAAGAUGCCAUAUUUUACGCCGUGUAUGCCCUCACACAGAUCUACUGCGACGGAGAGCUUCUCCAAAGUCUACUCUACCAACAAGAAAUCGAAAGUAAUCCCCAAGUGACUGAGCAUGUCAAGAUGAUCCUAGGUAUCGCGAAAGGAUACAACCCGGCAAGCUGUUUUUGCGACACCUUGCGCUGGCCAACUCAGGAGGUCAUGACAUACCUCAAGGAUGACUUCCUUCCACGUUUGCAGCGCACAGAUACUUUGCGGGAGGACACUGUAGGGUCACUACCAUCCUUCUCUCGGAUCGUGAAUGUAUUAGACACGGAAACGAAACAUGGCCGUAGAAUCUACACCAUGCAACCUGUUUACGCGGACUCUACCAAGCGGGGGCAUUUCUUCCUGAUGAACCAGGUGGAAGGAUAUGCUAUCCAUGGCCGAGACAGCGCGGGUCACUUUUUCAACGACUAUAUCUCCACUUGA